AUGACGUCCUUUGCACGCAUCGAAGAAGAGAGGGUGUUCUUGGAAAGGUGCGAACGACUUUAUCAUAGAGUGCAGAAAAUCAAAGCUCGCGUCGACAACGCCACACCCACAUGCAUGUAUGGCAGCUUCCUCGGGAAGCGUAAUGAGCUGCGGAAGUCGCUCGCGUCUGCCGGCACGGCGCGAGCUCAGGCAUCAGAGGAGGACGGGAUCGAAAUUCUUGAAUAUGCCACGAUCGAAGAGAAAAUCGAGCAUUUCUUCUUACAAAUUAAGUACAAGAACACCUCCCGGACUGAAGGCCGGAAAUUCCCCUACUUGAGACAACCGGCCAGGCUAGACCCAGUGCCACCGGUACCCACCGAUUUGUUAGAUGUUCACUCGAUUGCAUUCACUCGGUCGUAUCCGCGCAUUUUGCGACAUCAUCAGGUCGGAUCUAAAUUGCGCCAAAUGCCGCUCUUCUACCAGAAAGUCAGCGUCUCGAGCUCAGAAGAAACGAAAUCAGACAAGCUCGGGGAUGAUCGGGGAGUACUUUCCCCUCAGGAAGUCUCGAACGCGGAUACAACACACGGCAUACCACCGAUGGAGUCAACUACGAAUAGUCCUCUCCUCGAGGAGAGCGAUUCGUACAUGAGCUUUCUGAAUGAUGUUACCGACGUCAUUCUCGGGAUGAAUAUUUUCUCCGCGUCGGCUAUCGAUGCUGCAAUCGAUGCGAUUCUGGCAACUAAUCUCUAUGGCGAUCUGGACAAAGAACGAGCAAGGCUUCUCGUGGAUCAGCUCCUCACCUGACUUUUUCCUUGCCCCGCGAAGACAUGAUAAUUGUUCCCGGUCUUACUGAGGGUCUUUCUCGCUCCUCUUUGAUGAAAUUCGUGCAAUACAUAUCAUGAUCACUGGAAGGAUCGAUACUCAGUCCUCAACUCAUGCGACCAAUCAAAGAACACUCACUGCCGAUUAGCGCUCGCAGAAUGGACUCCAUCAGAAUGAUGGGGGGAAUCCUGGGAGGAAUGCGAAUAGGUACUCGCUAGACUUCAUAGAAAUCCAAACUCCGUUCGGCAGCUCAAUUCCGAGACAGUGUCUCCUGUUGAGGAAUUUCCAUACAAUAAUGAAGAAAUAUAUUG